GUGACCAAGUAACCCCAAAAGAAUUAUUGAUAUAUGCAACAAAAGUCCUUGUUGUGUGAUUGAAAAAGAAACUAAACGACUUUUAUGGAUAAAAGUUAUCAUUUGGGAUAAAUAAUUCACUUAACAUAUAUGUUAUCAUACGUUAAUCUUUAUUGGUGUAUAUUUUAUCUAUUGGAGUAUCGACAAUUAUUUGAAGUUCACAAUACACAAACUAAAAAUAUAGUUUUAUUAGUUGGUUAUUAGAUUUUGACUGUGCAAAUGUCAUAACAUUAUGGCAGCAAAUGAUGUCAAUAUCAGACUUGUUCGUCCAGAUGAACAGGAAGCAGUUCGAGAUCAUCUCAGAAAAUUUUUCUACAGACAGGAACCUUGCAAUGAAUCUGUACAAAUCAUAACAGAAGAACGACCAAUUUGCCACGAUUUAGAGUCGUUUACGCUGCAAUUUUUCAAUAAUGGUUUAAAUCUUGUUGCAGAAUAUAAUGAAAAGAUUGUGGGAGUUUGCCUUAAUGUAAUGUUGGAAAGAGACAAGUUUGAGUUCGAAGAAUAUCCUGUAAAGGACGAAAGAUUUGUAAAAGUUGUACGAUUGUUAGAGUAUGCAGAAAGGAAAGUAGAUCUCUUUAAGAGAUAUCCCGAAGUUAAUAAAAUACUCUCUAUUUUUGUCUUAUCGGUGGAUGCGUCUCUUAGAGGCAAAGGAAUUGCAAAGAAGCUUACCAAUAAAUCAAAAGAACUUGCCAAAGAACACGGAGCCCAAAUGGUGUUUCUGGAAUGUACCAGUUUCUUUUCAGCCGCUGUGGCCAAAUCUUUAGGAUAUGAGUUAGUAUGGUCACUGGAUUAUGAAAACUACAAAGUUAAUGGUGAAGUAGUAUUAAAACCUGUCCAUCCGCAUAAGUCAUUGCAACUUUUUGUGUACAAACUGUGAUAUAUUUAAUUUAAAGUUAGAAAGUCAAGUAGAAUGUAUUUUAUAAAAAACUGAAUAUAUAUUUUAUCAGUAACUGAAAAAUAUUAAAUAAUAAAAGAAUAUUCGAAA